AUUCACAAAACUGCAAGGCAAGUGUCGCCGUGUCGAAUAUCUUAUCCAGCGCCGCGCUACACGUGUUCCCACGAGAAUCUAUCGGUAUCCACGAGUCUUCACGAGUUUCUAUAAGUUUUGCGUCUGAUGAUGUACCCCGAUCUCGAAACGUUGCGUCGUGGCAGUGACGCCGAUAAGGUGGACGUCAACUGCUCGUCGUAUUUUCAAGCGAAUUGCAAUCAGAUUUUCGAAAAAGGGCCUGCUUUUACGAAGGAAAUUUUGGGGAAAGUGCACGCAGAAAUGAUGCCGAAGAGAACACAGCUUUUCGGGUACGAGAUGAAAACAGGAAAAUUAUUUCUUGUUACUGGUCUGUGCAUGAUAUUUUUAUUCAGCUGUUUUGGGACAACUGUUAUGCUAUUCACAAACUUGUUUGACAACUAUGUUCUUUCUCAAUUGAUUAUUUCCAAUGGUUCAGAUGCCUUCAGAAUAUGGGAAAAUCCAACACCAAAAGCUCUAUACAGUUUCCAUAUAUUCAACUACACCAAUAUAGGUGAUUAUGAAUUGGGUAACGAUAAAAAGCCUCAUGUUCAAGAAAUUGGACCAUAUGUUUAUUCAGAAAAUUUGGAAAGGAUAGAUGUUAGAUUCAAUGAUGAAGCAGGCACGGUUUCUUAUAGAGAGAAAAAGACAUACACCUACCGUCCUGAUCUGUCACAAGGAUCUCAAGAAGACCGAGCGUUUGUACCUAAUAUUCCGUUAAUUAGCGGUUCUUCUAUGGUCCAAAAAGAGAACUACUUUGCUCGUCUUGGAUUUUCUGGACUCCUAUCGGCCUUAGAAGAGAAAGCUUUCCUGCACAUUGACAUAGACUCCUUUAUUUCGGGAUACGAAGAUAGGCUAUAUUCACUUUCUGCGAACUACUUCAAAUGGCAGAACGUCGAUAUUCCUAAAAGAGUAGGACUUUUGGGUCCCAAAGUGGGAGAGUCGAACAAAUUCAUCACCAUGAAUACAGGAAUUAAGGAUAUAAAUCGACUUGCCUUAGUGGAGGAAAUGGGUGGAGAAGAAUCAUUGGGAUUGUAUGCUGCAGAUUCCUGUAAUAGUAUUGAAGGCACAGAUGGCUCAAUGUACCCCCCGAAACUCAUCCGAGAGAAGCAACCCCUCCACAUCAUGUUUCCCGAAUUUUGCCGAAGGAUUCCGAUCGUGUUUAUGGGAGAAACUAAGAUUAUGGAGGGGAAGGUGCCUGCUUAUACCUACACCAUUCCAGAGGAUGUAUUCGACACCCCUGAUACCAAGCCAGAGAACGAGUGCUUCUGUGUGUUAGAUGGGGGCAAAUGCCCUUUGAAGGGAUUAUCUAGCACAUCAGGAUGCAACUAUGGUUCACCUAUAUACCUCUCGUACCCCCACUUCCACAACGCGGACCCUAGACUGCUGAAGGACGUCACCGGGCUGGACCCUGAGAGCGUCGAUUUUCGAUCCUACCUCAACCUCCAGCCCUCGAUGGGGUUCAUGAUGACAGGACGAAAUGUCAUGCAACUCAACAUCAAGGUCAACAAGGCUUUCGGGGUCUCCCAAGUGGACAUAUUCGAGGACGAGAUCGUGCUGCCCAUCGCUUGGGUCGAGGUGUUCUUGGACGAACCAAAUCUACCAAAGGAGUUCGUCGAUUUGAUCAACUUUGUAUCGAUCACAUUGCCGUGUGUUCAAUUGGUCGCUACAUACGGUUCAUUACUGACCUCAAUAUUCUCCUUCAUCGGUAUCUUAUUGGUAGCCAGGAGAAUCAAAAACGACAACAAUUUUUGUUUACAAAGAAUAUCCAGAGACGAUGCCUAAUUAAAAUGUUUGUCUCAUAGGCUAGAAAAACAGGAGAAGGUAGUGAAAUACAAGAUUUCUCUCCUAAACGGCAGUCGUGACAACUAUAAUGCUCAAUAUUUGAACGGAUUUUUUAUAAUAGAGAUGUUUUUG